GAUAAAAUUUUCCCUUGCAUACACAUCUUCCGAGCGCCAAGCCGAAUCUGAAUUGAGACCCAGCACGGAGCCCAAGAUAAGUGCAGCAAUCCAACGGCGGCAUCAGCUCCCUGAAACCAUGCCCUUGUCUUGCAAAAAUAUUAAUCUGUAUUUUGGAAGAAUCUGAAUCUCUCAUGCAAAGGCAGGUCAAUUUGAAUGUAACUCUUACGUUUCUUCUUUAGAGAAAAGAAAGGAAAAAGAAUUCAUGGAAUUUUCCGUAAAGAAAGAGAUCAUCGACUCCUUGCGUACGCCCGAACCGAAUCGAGGGAACGACAGCGUUUCUAAAGGGCCUGCAGUGUUGAUCGAACUCGCUAGCAGCAGCAGUAGCGAUUCUGACUCUGACUCGGAUAACGGGAACAAUGGCAACGCUGGUGUUUCGACGAGACCUAGGGUUUCUUCGAGCGGCAACGGCUUUUCCAAGAAGAAGAGGAAGCUCGAUGAGCUGGGGGUGGUGUUGCCAGUGGGGUUUCUGGCUCCCCUUUCUCCGGCUUCGGUGGCGUUGGCGCCAUCGCAGUCCGCGGAUAUGAGUUUAACUCCGACUGCGCCAUUGGGGAAUGGGAAUGUGAGUUUAACUGGUCAGAGUUGUAAACAGUUUUGGAAAGCUGGAGACUAUGAGGGUGCUCCUUGCGGUGAUUGGGAUUUGUCUUCGGAGGGGAUGGAUCAUGUCAGGGUUCAUCCUAAGUUUUUACAUUCCAAUGCAACCAGUCAUAAGUGGGCUCUUGGAGCAUUUGCAGAACUUCUAGACAACUCAUUGGAUGAGGUUUGCAAUGGAGCAACAUAUGUUAACAUUGACAUGCUUGAAGGUAGGAAGGAUGGAAGCAGAAUGCUUUUGAUUGAAGAUAAUGGUGGUGGAAUGGAUCCAGAUAAAAUGCGACAAUGCAUGUCCUUGGGGUAUUCUGCAAAAAGCAAAGUGGCCAACACCAUUGGACAGUAUGGCAAUGGAUUUAAGACUAGCACCAUGAGGCUUGGAGCAGAUGUUAUUGUAUUCUCACGUUGUCGUGGGAAAGAUGGAAAAAGUCCUACGCAGAGCAUUGGGUUACUGUCAUACACCUUCCUCAAGAGCACAGGAAAAGAAGAUAUUGUGGUACCCAUGCUUGACUAUGAUAGAAAUGGGCGAGAAUGGAACAAGAUGACACGAGUCUCUAGUGGUGAUUGGAACAGAAAUGCAGAAACAUUAGUUCAAUGGUCCCCAUUUUCCAGUGAGGCAGACCUCCUUCGUCAGUUUAAUCUGAUGUCAGAUCAUGGGACAAGAAUAAUAAUAUAUAAUCUUUGGGAGGAUGAUCAAGGAUUAUUGGAGCUUGAUUUUGACUCUGAUCCUCAUGAUAUCCAACUUAGAGGUGUCAAUCGAGAUGAGAAGAAUAUACAGAUGGCAAGAGAGUAUCCAAACUCCAGGCACUUCCUGACUUAUAGGCACUCAUUAAGGAGUUACACCUCAAUUCUCUACCUGAGAAUUCCUCCUGGCUUUAGAAUCAUUCUUCGCGGAAAAGAUGUUGAGCACCACAAUAUAGUGAAUGAUAUGAUGCUGUCUCAAGAGAUAACGUAUCGGCCCCAGCAUGGUGCUGAUGGGGUCCCAAAAGACUCAAAUAUGGCAGCUAUCGUGACUGUUGGCUUUGUGAAGGAUGCAAAAUAUCAUGUUGAUGUUCAAGGUUUCAAUGUUUAUCACAAAAAUAGACUCAUUAAGCCAUUUUGGAGGAUUUGGAAUGCAGCUGGAAGUGAUGGCCGUGGAGUUAUAGGUGUACUGGAAGCUAAUUUCGUUGAACCAGCUCAUGAUAAGCAGGGAUUUGAACGUACAACAGUUCUUGCUAGACUUGAGGCUCGGCUUUUACAAAUGCAAAAGACUUACUGGUGCACUUACUGUCACAAAAUUGGGUAUGCUCCGCGGCGAAAUAAGAAACUCAUAAAUGAGAGUACAGAAGAAGGAUCUUCUCCUGACAACUCACACAUAUCUUCUCAAUCUAAGCAUACUGCCAGUAAUGGCAAGGGUUCAUCGUAUUCUGGCAAAUUCUUUUCUCAUGUAUACCAAAAAGGAGGAAAAGGAUCAGAGAGCUUUACCAGAAAUGGGGACUUUGGCUAUGGGAAUGGACAUGUAUCAAGCAAAGGAAGUGGCAAAACGAAGACACCAACCAAAUCUGGACGAAAAACGAGGUCUCAUGAACCAUCAUCACCUUCUUUAGAAGAUGUUUCUGAUGAUGAUGUGCGUAUUGCUCAUCCUACUAGAGAAGAGGGGCUGCAUCAGUCAUCUUCAUACUUUGAAGAUUCCUCCCAGCGAGCAGUCACACUAUCCAAUUCAAAGGUAGGUGAUGUUGAUCAUUGUCAACGUGCCCUUUCAGAAUCAGAUUUACGCUUUAUUGAUCAACUGAAGCAAGAGAACCGUAAGCUGAAAGAAAGAUUAGAGAAAAGUGAAGCAAAGUUUCAAGGUGAAUCGAGGCAUGAUUUGCAGUGUGGAAAGUGUAAAUCACUUGAGAUGCAGUUAAAGGAGGCGCAACAAAAAAUUGAGGAAUUAAACAAGGAACAAGAAAGUCUUAUUGAUAUUUUUUCGGAGGAGAGGGACCGACGAGACAAGGAAGAGGAAAGUUUGAGGAAAAAGCUGAAGGAUGCCUCGAAUACCAUCCAAGAGUUGCUUGACAAGGUGAGGCUGUGGGAAAAGAUGAAAUAUCCAAACCGCAGAGCAGAACGAUAAGAUCACAUUCAAUCAGCUUCAUUUCCCGCCCCUUUAUUCUGGAAGACUGUAAAAAUUUAACCUUCCUUUUGGCACCAUGUUUUCAUUGUGAAUUCACUAAAUGUAUCUUUGGUUUUUGAACAUUGCUAACGUAGAUGUAGAGUUGUUCAUUGAAUGUUGUCUAGCAUUGGGCUCUCGUCAACUGCUUUCUCCCCUUGUUAAUUUUGGAUGGAGUAAAUGUAAAGAAUUAGAAGGUGCGCAGGCUGAGCUGCUGGGCCAGAAUAUUGAAUUGCUGAGCCCUGUAUAGCUGUCAAAUUUUGAAUAGGAGUGGCGCUUUUGUAAUCUUUGUGGAUCUGUAGUUGCUAAUACGCUUUUGUAUUGGUAUUAACUCGUAAAUUCUGUACAUAUAAACAAUCCUCGGGUAUAAUUUUCCCAUGUUGGUCCUGCCA